AUUGAACUGACUACUGCAUUGUCUAUUAGUUUGUACUUCAUUGGUAAUCCAUGAACAGAUGGAUUUUACCAAGGGACGCCAAUUAGCAUCUGGCAGCCGCAAAGAUGACUGUAGUGGAUAAAAUUAAGCAUUACCAGCGAAAUAUUGAAAAGUGUGACGAUAAUGAAGAUAGGAUACUUCAUUGUAUUUCAAAACUAUCGAAUCUGCCUGUAACAGUGCAGCAUCUUCAAGAAACUGGUGUAGGACGCACAGUAAAUGCUUUGAGGAAAUACGAUGGUGGUAUAGGAGAUGCUGCUAAGGCGCUUGUUGCAAAAUGGAAAGCAAUGGUUGCUAGUGAAGGAACUAGUGAAGGUGAAGAUGAAGAUGAAGUAUGUGUUCCUGAUGCACCUGAGAGCUACAGUGACAGUCGUGAGUCUCCAAAAGGAGCUGAGGAGAAUCCUGAAAGGCAUAAAACUGAAGGAAGUGGGAAACAUAUUCAUAGGCAUAAGUCAGAAAAGAAUGAGAUAUUAUGCAACAAUAAAUAUACUUCCAAACAUGAAUCCAAAUUAAAAUCUGUUGAAGAUCAGUCAAUAAGUAAUAGUGAUAUUGCUAAAAAUUCAACUAGUGAUCUAGAAAAACAAAAAAAGCAUGAUAAAACUAAACAUAGCUAUAAAAAUGAAUUGGGAAGUGAUAAAAAAUCUUCAAAGGAUACUAAAAGUGCCAGUAAGAAAGAUGAAACUCACAGUUCUAAACAUCGUAGUCAUAGUAAGACUAAUAACACAGAAAAACAUUCUAAUAGACCUAUUGAUAGUAGUAACUCACUCAAAAGUAGCGACGAGGCUUAUAAACGCAAAAGUGAUGAUUCAAAUAUUAUGAACAAAGAAAGUAAACGAAGGAAAAUUUCAGAUAGUGACAGUGAUGAAAGUAAAUCUCGUGUGUAUCCUCAUGUAUCCUAUAGUUUUGAAAAGCAUAAUAAUAGUACCAUAUUAAAUUCAGUUAAAAUAAAAGAAGAGCCUAAGGAUAAAGAUAUGUUAAUUAAAAGUGAAAUUAAACAUGAAAAGAAAGACUCUCAUGACAAAUCAAAGAGCACCUGUAGCAAAAAUCGGACUGAUUCAUCUAGUUGUAAAUUAAAACAGACAUAUGAAAAACAGAAACAUAAAAUUGAUAUACAUACAAAUCAUAAUAAAGAUGAAACUAAACAUAGUGAUCAGCAUUCUAAUAAGGAUUCUUCAGAAUCAAAUCAUCACAGUUCCUCUUAUAAGAAACAUCAUGAUAAAAACAAAAGUAGAUAUAAGAAAGAGGAGCAUAAGGAUGGGAAAGAUAAAGAAGAAAAUAAAAGCAAUAAAGAUUCAAAGCAUUCAAAACAUGGAUCAAAAGAAUCAAAGGAUUUGGUAAAAUUGAAGCAAGAAAUUAGCGGAGACGAAGGAAUAGAUUGUCAUUCAGGUGCUAGUUUUGCAGAAGCAUUAGGUAUGUGUACAAUGGCUCAGACAUCUAAAAAACGUACUAACAACUUACCAAAUACAAGUACAGCAAAAAUGUUGAAAGCAGAACAAUCAACUGCAAGUAAUAAAAAGACAGCAGUAAGAAAUGAAUCAACAAGUGAUACUUUACAGACACCAUCUCUUUUAACAACAAAUAUGAAGUUAGAGCCAUUAAAUGUAGAUUUGGCAUCCACAUUACCAGAGAUUAGCCCUAAUUACAAGCCACUGCCAUAUGUUAAUCCUGUUCAUCGCAAAGAAGAAGAUAAAGCUCUUACAGAUGUAAUGUAUGUUAAAAAUCAAAGGACAAAAGUAUAUUCAGGAAAUAAAUCUGGUUAUACAACAGUACCAACUUUGUUUGAGAUAUGUACAAGGGUAUUGAUAGAGAAUAUCGAUGCACUUGAAUUUACUGGUGGUGUACCUUUUGAUAUCAUAAAACCUGUUCUUGAACGUGCAACAGCAGAUCAGUUAUUUAUGUUGGAACAUUAUAAUCCCUAUUUGGUUGAAGACACAGAUAAAUUAUGGCAAUAUCACUGCAAUCGUGAAUUUAGAAAUAAACAAAGAGAAGAAAUGGAAACAUGGCGUGAGAUGUAUAUGCGAUGUUUAGACGAACGAGAAGCAAAAUUGAAAACGCUUACAGCUAAUAUAAAACAAUCAAUAGACAAAUCUGUACCAGUAAGAUCCACUAAACUUGCAUAUGUAGAUAAUGUUGUUAAACCUCCAAGAAAUGUUCUUAAAAAGCAAGCUAAAUAUGGCACUGCAAAUUCUGUACCUAAUACUGCAUCUACUAUAAAAAAGAAAUUAAUUAGUGGUGGAGGACCAACAGCUGCUACAAAUAUUUCCGUUCCAUCACCACCUGUAUCACGUACAAAAUCAUCAAAAAAAACAAAAGCACCAUUAAUGGCAAAAGCUUUACAAUUAAUAAAGGGGCGAUAUAAACGGUAGUUUAUAAGAAGAUAUUCAUGUGAAGUUCCCAUAAUGCUUCAGGUAUUCCGAGAUUUACCAAAUCGACUAUGCCAAUAUAAUCGCCGAAUGCUUCUGUAUCUACUGUAAAAAUUAUAAUCGUUUCAUCAUUAUAAUCGUUCAGUUUCGUCAGUUGUACAGUAGAAAGAUACAAGUGCUGGGAUUUCUUGAUAAUGCGAAAAUUCGAAACGUUUUGUUACACAAAAAAUGAAAAUUGUAAUAUCUUUAUACAAAAUUAAUCGGUAUAAAUUGACAAUUUCCAAAAAGGUAUUAUGACAUUUAAUAUUUUUUAUGUUUUGAGAGACACAAAGAUCAAUUGGAAGGUUAUACGGAGACGAAAAAUUUAAUUUCGUUCAAUGUAUUUUAUUAAUGAUGUUAUUUAGAAAUAAAGUAAGAAAUUGUUAUUCAUAAGAAAAUGAAAAACUAAAUAAGUACAUAUUAAAUAUGUCCCAUUUGUUGCUGUGAUUCUCCAUUUUUUUAGAUUACAAUUGUAAAUAUUUUUUUCGUGAUCUAGGAUGAUAUACAUAUACCAGUUUAAAUGAAUAUUUUAAGAAGGGGAAUGAAAUUACAGAUAAUUAUCGAUAGUGCUAGAAAUGUAAUGCGUAUUUUACAUUCUUGCAUGAGCCACAGAAUUUGGAAUAUGUAUUCGUGACAGGGAAGAUGUUGUAGACUUAUACAUAUAUAUGUAUAUGUAUAUGUAUAUGAAGUUAGAAUAUAUUUAUAAAUAGUUAAUGAAAUAUCUAAUGCAUUAUGAAGUAAUUUCAUUAUCGUGAAGGGAAAGAAAUAAAAGAACUAAUUAUACUUGGAAAAUUGUAAUAACGAAUUAUUUUAAUAAUCAGAAGUAAACAUAAUCAGUUUAUAUUUAUAUUUAAAGGGUCGCUAGCGCAUUUGAUACGCUUGGAAAUUUGAGGUCACAAAAAGGAUUAAAAACGUAGUUAGAUCGAUAAACAAAUAAACACGAAUACAGCGUAUUAAUAUUUUUGUAAAUGUUUAUUUGAACAACAAACGAUGAUCGAACAUUCUACAAUAAUAAUGUAAUAUUGUAAUAAUGUAACGAAUUGCAAUUUGUUAUAGAUAUAUGUAUGUAGUGCGAAACAUUAAUUUUUUUUAUAAUUCCUAUUAUAUAACAUAUAGAUGAUAUAGUAUUCAUAUUGUUUUAAAUUAUCUUUAAUAUGUAAUUGGCCGAACAAAUUAUGAUAACCUUGAACAAAGUGUAAAUUCCUUUAAACUAAAUCGUUUUAAAAUGUUGUUUUUAAGAAAGUUCAUAUUCUGUAUUGUGUUUAAGCAAUUCUAUUUCAUAUAAUGAUGAAAUAAAAAACUUAAUCGAAAUGUUAAUUCGAACUAAAAUGAGUUUUGUUUAGAAUACAAACUAAUUUUCUUUUAAAAACAUUAUUUUCAUAACAAUUUACUCGUUUUGCUAUUGUUAAAAUAUAUGUCUUACAAAAUUUUUAAUGCAUUUUGCCAAUGAAUUCUUUAGACUUAACAGAGGUUUUAAGGAUGAAUAAAUUUUUGUCAUGUAAAGUAAUUAAAAUAACAUAU